AUGGAUAUGGAUGCCUUAACGCGGCGACAAGCCGACAAAAUAGAAUACGUCCUGCGAGAUCUCGUGCGGGAUCUUGAGAUGGUGUCGUGUUUGCCGUUAGACUUGAGUCCGUGGACUCGCAAGGUCUGUCUAGAGGCGGUGCAGGAUACGAUCAACUCCAACAGCAUCUCCACCGCAGCCGACCAGGAGAGUGCGAUGGACGACGAGGACGAGGAGGAACGCAUCGCCCGGCUGAUUUACGGCGUGGCCAAACACUACGGCGAUCCCACAGAUGUGGACCGCAAUGAAGUGUUGCUGCAAAUGACGGAAUUCGCCGAAUUGGAGAAGGAUGUAUUGGAGGCGGCCACAGUUGUGGGAAGUGUGGAGGAGGCGGAGUUGAGUCGACAUCACACGCUCUUCCGUGCCGUGUUGGACACACUCCGCGAGGGAGGCUACAUGGAACAAUUCACACAUUCACAAUCUCAAUCACACUCUCAAUCGCAAUCGCAGUCUCAUUCACAGUCGCAAUCUCAAUAUCAAUCUCAAUCACAGUCGUAUUCUCAAUCACAAUCACAAUCGCAACACCCACAACAACAACAACAACAGCGGCUGCUGGGAGUUGCGGUCCGACCACCACCGUCGUUGGUGCGGUUCACAGACGCCGGCGUGCCUGCGCUGCAGCGAGUGGUGGAGGGACUCGUGGGUCUCGUGACGACGCGGAAUAAGACAACGGUGAAUGAAGAUAUACACAACUACCGCAUUUUACACGAGGCAGUGAAUAAAGAGAAGACGACGUCUGCAGAUGUAAAGGCAUUAAAACGUGAAUAUCAGGAAAUACGAGAAGCUCGUCGAGCAGAAGUAGCGGCAUUAGAUGCAGAGAUUCAACAGUUAGAAGAGGAGAUUGAGUACACACGUAGUGUGGUGGCUAUGGAAUUGAAUGCUUUUCUAGAUGUAAACAACAAAAUGGAGGAGGAACGCCGGACACAGGAGGCGGAACAUUUAGAGGAACUGAAAGUACAAAAACAACAAGAGGAAGAGAAACUGGCUACAAUGGUGGCACGUAAUCAGGAAGAGUCAAACGCAUUGCGUACCCAACGAGGAAAAAAAGAGGCAGCUGUCAGUGCAGCCAUCACAGAAUAUGAUGCACAGAUGGCAACCCUGUUAGCUGCUACUGCUGCACUUAAUAAAGAGGCAGAAGAGGAUACAGAAGUGAUUGUGGGUCUUGAUAAGGAACUUGGGGCACUGCGUACAGAGAAGGGUGAGUAUGAACUGGAGAAGUAUAUAGAGUCUAUGCGGGAUAGACAUUAUGAGGAAAUGGGGGAAAAGGCAAAGAUGUAUGCUACUACUAUACAAGCCUGUUUCCGUUCAUAUAUGACUCGUGUAAAGUUCCUAAAGGCGCAGAGUGCCUCAAAGAAGAAGAGAGGAUCACGAAAAGUAUAA